AUGACAGCGCUAGGAUCUGCAUUACUCAUCGGCCAGAUUACACACGCUCGUAAAGAGUGGGAAGCUUUAGGGUCGCUGCUCACACUGAAGGAAUAUGGCGAAGGGUCAAGAGAGGAUUUUAUCAAGAGACUGGACGCCGGCGAAUACGAUGAUGUUGUUGGCAUUUACCGCUCGAAUGACUCGGUAGCUGUGACCGGACCUUUCGACCAAGAAAUGAUCAAUCACCUACCCAAGAGUUUGAAGUAUGUCACUCACAAUGGAGCUGGCUACGACAACAUCGACGUUCCAGCCAUCACAAAACGCGAAAUUCAGGUUAGCAGCACGCCCAUUGCCGUGGACGAUGCUACUGCGGAUGUCGCCCUCUUCCUCAUGCUUGGUGCCCUCCGCCGCAUCACAAUCCCCUUCACCGCCGUCCGAAAAGGCGAAUGGCGAGGCAAAGGCUUCGGUCUAGGCCACGACUCUAAGAACAAAGUCCUCGGAAUUCUAGGCAUGGGAGGAAUCGGUCAAGCAGUCGCACAACGGGCAAAGGCAUUCGGCAUGACAAUCCAAUACCACAACCGAACCCGCCUCCCCGAGUCCAAGGAACAGGGAGCGAAAUACGUCUCCUUCGAUGAGUUACUCGCCACUUCCGACGUCCUCAGCUUAAACCUCGCCCUCGGCCCAUCGACGCGACACAUCAUCGGCAAGCCCGAGUUUGAGAAGAUGAAGGACGGAAUCAUAAUUGUGAAUACAGCGAGGGGACCCAUUGUCGAUGAGGCUGCGCUUGUGGAUGCGUUGAAUUCUGGCAAAGUCUUCUCGGCGGGUUUGGACGUUUUUGAAGAGGAGCCGAAGAUACAUCCUGGCCUGCUGGAGAAUGAGAAUGCGGUGCUGCUGCCGCAUGUGGGCACUGCGACGUGGGAGACGCAGAAGGAUAUGGAGGUGCUGGUGUUGGAUAAUUUGAGGAGCGCGGUGGAGGGGAGGGGACUCAUUACGCAGAUACCGGAGCAGAAGAAGUGA